UCACUAUGCAAGAUUUAAGGACUUUGUUCCCUGUGUGGGGGACUCAGAUUUAAUAGAAUUUAUUGUAUUUGGAAAGACUCACAUAAAUUAUCGAAUGAUUUUGUUUUGUAAGUCCGUAAUACAGGCAAUAUAUAAGUAUUUACGAGUGCACCAGGUGCGGCCACACGAAAGACGCUCUCCGUCCGGCGCCGGAAUACGAGUUUCGUCUACGAAUAGCAUUUGACACUUGCAGUAUCUGCCAGCGCUUCACCUUCUCUUUCAAACUCAGGAAAAACUGCGGGUGAGAUGAAAAAAUUUCAAGACCAGCAGGCACAGAAUACUCUGGAGGAUUAUACUGAAGAACGAACGCAAAAAAAACAGAGAGAGAGAGAUACCGCGGGUGACCGAUAUAACAUAAAGCAUAUCUCGAUUCGUCAGAACUCACGAGCCGAAAUUCGAACCAGGCAAGUGAAAAACUGGGCCGUCGAGGCCGUAGAUCCUCCGACUAAUUUCCGGGGCUUUGCACCGCCGCCACCGCCCCCCCUUUCACAGCAUGACUGCCCACGUAGGCAAGAUGGAAAGGACCGAAAUGCUUUGAAUAUGGCUCGAAAUAUGAUGCUGAAAAGGACUCUGCGAUCUGUGUGCGACCAGCGUAGUGCUCGAAAACUGAGGGAACAUUUCCGAAAGGCACGCCCUAAGCAUCUUGUCCAUGAGAGAGCCCUUCGAGUCGAUCUGCCACCAUACCAGACGAAGGAAUACUGUUUCGAUACCAAAAUGAUAAAUUCCCUACAGGAUCUGCCUAAUCGCUAUAGUGAAGAACGUUUUCAGCCAACACAAAAUGCUUUUGAUAGAAAACAUAAGGCGACAAGAGAAGUUUCACGGCAAAAGCAGCCAAAACGCAAAACAUGGCCACGGCUUGCCGAUUUACCAAACAACCAUAUGGAACCGUACUGUGAGGGGGCGAUCCCGGAUGGUCCUCAUCUCCAGCAUAACCCCCUGUGGGAUAUAUACUACCGGCGUAUUCCGCACCGUGACAGAAUUAGAGUGAAUGAACUGCCCGAAGAGCAGAAUUUGUAUGAGUGGAUGGAGCCCGCUAGACGUCAUUGCUUUGUUUCCACCAACGACAUCGUGUCGGAGGCCUCAGCCCAAGAAAAGCAGCGCCACACUGGUGGCGGCUCCUUUCACAAGACCAGGGGAGCGGUCCGCUUUAUGCUAAGUUCCCACGCAAGCUCCCAUAAAAGUCUCCUUUACAUAAACUAUCUGCAGCGCAAACUUAAGGAGAAGAGGAAGCUGGUUAAGACAUUAGCCAUCAUACAUCGCUACGUCGAAGCUGAGUAUGAGUGUGCCCAAGCAUGGCUGCAGGACCUAGGAAAACAGAGUGUGCUAACAGAGAUGGCUUACAAGUCCCAGAAAAAACAAAAGUAUCCAUUUAUAUCAGAAACAGAACGAAUACAUAGGUCUAAGGAACUAGAAUUACAAGGAAUUAACGUGAAACGGAGCGACAUUUAUGAAUGGACGAUACGGCUAGAUAAGGAAACACAAUGGUACAGGCGUUUCUUCCUACAGCUUCCUGUGGUCAGGUCGGUGGACACGGGCCAGUCUUCGUAGAAGUCUACAUCUCGCUUGUUGGUUUAUAACAUCACCGACCAGGGGGACAAGGAGGUCUCUGGCGAUGUCAACGUUCCUGAUGAACCAUUCUGCUCCAGUGAUCUUCCGUAGGAACUUACUCAGGAAGGUGCUUAUCCUGGUAAGAUGUGUCUUUGCUGCUAUGCCUUAGACCUGGACUCCAUACUGGAGCCAGGACUGCCUGUAGACAUUGCUUUCGAGUUUACC